GCGCCGCCUCCUCCGGCCGCGCCGCGCACGCCGGGACCGGCCCUGCCCGGCCUUGCCCAGCGCCGCUGCCCGGGCACGGCCCGGCCCCGCCGGCACCAUGCAGGAUCCAAAUAAAGACACGGAGUGGAAUGAUAUUCUGCGCAAGAAAGGUAUCCUUCCUCCAAAGGAAAACCUGGAGGAACAGGAACGGGCAAAAGAAGAGGAGCAGUUUGCCAUCCUUCAGAAAUCUCUGGUGAAAACUUAUGAGGACAUGACUCUGGAAGAGCUAGAAGAGAAUGAAGAUGAAUUUAAUGAGGAAGAUGAGAGAGCUAUUGAAAUGUACAGGCAGCAAAGGUUAGCAGAAAUGAAGGCAGCUCAAAUGAAGAAUAAAUUUGGGGAAGUUCUGGAGAUUUCGGGAAAAGAUUAUGUUCAAGAGGUUACAAAAGCUGGAAAAGGUAUAUGGGUAGUCUUACACCUCUACAAACAAGGAAUUCCACUGUGUGCCUUAAUAAAUCAACAUAUGAGCGGGCUUGCAAAGAAGUUCAGAGAUGUGAAAUUCAUCAAAGCUAUUUCUACCACCUGCAUUCCCAACUACCCCGAUAAGAACCUGCCCACGAUAUUUGUGUACCUGGAGGGAGACAUCAAAGCUCAGUUCAUUGGGCCUUUGGUGUUCGGUGGCAUGAACCUGACGAGGGAUGAAUUAGAGUGGAAGAUUUCUGAGUCUGGUGCCAUCAAGACAGACCUUGAAGAGAACCCCAGGAAGCAGAUCCAGGACCAGCUCAUGUCCUCAAUCAGGGUGUGUGUCCCAGCCAGAGGGGAGAGUGACUCAGAGGAUGACUAAUUCCUGCGGCUGCAUCCAGAUUGAUGCAGUGCACUUGCAGCCAGUGUUCCCACCUCAAGCACUGGAGACACUCCUCAAGGCCUUGCUGAGCCCCAGAAGGGUAGCAUUUCAAGACAUUCAUUCUAGAAACCUCUAGAAACUAAAAACAUUUAUGUUUUUUAAAAAUUGCAGCUUCACUUAAGAUGCUGAAAGACAUUUUGUAUAGUGAAGCCUGAGUAAAUCUUACUCAAAGGUUUUAAAAUAUAGACAUGAGUAGCAACAGGUCUCUUGUUAUUAUUUUCAUACUAAAUUGCUACUUCUUAAAAAAAGUUGAAACAUGAAGUGGCCUUAAGUACACUGUUUUUAACAAACUUAAAUGGUACAAAUCAAAUUAAAUAGCUGUCUUAAAUAAUUGUUUAUGACACUUUAAUGGACCAUCUCUUAGCCCACUGUGCUCAGACCUCUGACAGCCUGGACUUCACAGAGAGCUGGGGCGGGUGGUACCCAUGAUGCAGGUGCUUCUGAAGGUGGUGUGUGGUCCUCUGCUGAGAUGUGCUGGCACCAGAGGGACAACAUGAGGCUAUAAGCUGGGAUUCCAGGCAUCCUGAGAGAGGCCUUGAGGAUAGCCAGCCUCUCCUGGGACCUGCUGACUCCUGAACUCCACUUUCGAGUUAGCAGCACUGUUUUGCCUUUCACAAGGGCUGAACUUCAUGCACCAUCUUGCCUGCUAAUUGCAGAAUGAAAUUCAAGACGGUGGUGCUCAAGUGUGAAACUGCUCAUUUCUUCAACAAUAUGAGAAGUCAGGUGUUCCUACAGUAGUGCCAUUGCGAAAUGGGAGGGAGGAUGAUGUUUGAGGAACUGACAUCUUGCUAUAUUAAAAACUUCCAUUUUCCAGCUACAGUAAUAAUAACUGAAGCCUUAAAAGAGCAUAAACUUAAAUAUCACCUUGAUUAUAGAUCUGCUGACAUUUGGAGCUGCUUGAUUAUUUUAGGUUGGAUUUAAUGUCCACUUACACUUUCAGUUGGUCUACAUUCAGGCUAACAGUCUCCAAGAGCUUUUGCUAAUGAGGCUGCCCCAAUGACAUUUUGUUAUAUUGCUGGUGGAUUCUGUGGGUGGAUGGUAAAGAAUGCUAUACUCUUUAAGCAGUGAUAUUUUUAAGAUUUUUUUAUUAGUUUGUAGUGACUUUCAAAUACACUUUUUGCACUCUGAGACAAAUCAGUGUGUAGUUCAAACAACAACUAACUGUUCCUUAGGUGAAGUUAUAAGAUUCUGAUGGAGAGCUUCCUCUUUGAGAUGUGAAUGGUGAUCUGAGUCUCAGUUGUCUCCUUUCUUUUAUGCGUGUUUUGGCAGAGUAGCUAAAAUAUUAAUCCUGUGCAAGUCAACCAAAUGCAGCACAAUAGAAGCUGAUAGAUCUGAAUAUGAUUACAUAGCAGCACUCUUCUCAUGACACAGGACAAUCCCAAGUGCUAUCAAGACUUGAUGCUUCUUUGUGCUCACCUACAACUUCAUACAGUCUAGGAAGAGAACAACUCUUCUUCUCUAUAGAAGCCUACAGUGCAUAUUUUGCUUAUCUUUUGCUUGUUCACAUUGAAUUGUGCUUUGGAGUGACCUCUGACUACAUGGACUGCAUUUCUUUUGGAGGAAACUAGAGAAACUAGGGGUGAAUAAAAAGAAGAGGUGGGACUUCA